AUGAAGAACUUGCGAUUUUGGAACAGAUCGAUAAUCUUGACAUUACCUGUAAAUAAGUAUGGGUGUCAGAAACGUACCGUGUACAGGUUGCCGAUAGAAUGUCGGAAUCGUCGACGUAGAUGUACACAAUCAGCAUGUUCAACUACCACAGCUCUUCAAAAUAUCCUCAGCAAUACUAAAUGGAUAAUACGUAUCAAAAAUGGCACAUUUCGAAUUGAGACGGGUAUUAAAACAUUAAGUGAUAUACUGUCAUUUGUUACACCAAUACCUCCAUUCCUUUCACCUUUUAACAGUGGUAUUGGUAGUAAUGACAGUGGGUAUUUUGAUGAGGCAGAUGUCAAUGGUCAACUCUAUCAAGGUUUAGUCUUGACAUUUGGUAGUGGUCCAUACAAUAGACCAUACAUUGCUCGAUUUCUAACAUGGCUUUUGGGCACUAAACGCAUGAAAGAAUUCAGUUCUUCAUUACUACCUUGUGAACUUGUUUUGGAUCAUCGACCGAUUAUAGAGAAACUGUUAUCCAUAUAUUUCAAUUGUCAAAAUUCUUACAAACCACUUGUUCAUGAAUCCACCUUUCGCGCCAAUUAUGAUAAGACAGAUGACCCACUAAACGAUUUCGUUUGUAUGGCGUAUGAUAUAUGUGUUGAUCUAGAAAAAGAAUGGAAUAUGUCUAUCAGGGAACGUCCAGACAUGAAUUCUUGGGAAGCUGCUUCCAAUAGUACAGAAAAAGGAUUUCAUUUACAAAACCCUAACAAUGAUGAUCCAUGCGAUGAUAUUCAGCAGGUCAUAUAUACACGGCAUACAGUGAUGAUUAUUGGAUUGCGCCGAAUGAUGGGCUAUAUAGCGAACGAAAGUUUGGAUGAAAGAUGUCAAUAUUCUACGGUGAAGUAUUCGGAAGACGAGCCUGCAUCUGCUAAGCAAUAUUCAAUGGCGCUCAAUUGGAUUUUUCCUUUAUACAACCAUCCCUUUGUUUUCCAUUUCAUGAUAGAAGCAGUGAUUCAGGAACGGGGAUGUUCUUUACCUAACGAGUUUCGUCUUUGCAAUGAUAUUACAAACUUCGAUGCGUUCACCUUUAUGCAGUUUCAAUUAUUCCAAGUUAUGCUUUAUUCCAGUCUUUUACAGCCAAAUGCUUUGAGAAGCGAUAAUGAGCAACUACUACCUUACGUUCAACAGCACUCUCUGGAUCAAUCUUUGAAGAGCUGCCGCUCAAUGCUUUAUAUCAUUAAUUAUAUUGGGCGAAAAGAAGUUACUACAAAAUGUACAGUUUCUUUACGUAAAAUUUUAUACAAGCUAUGCAAUGCUCGUGAUUUAUUAUUCGACGCUAUUGACAUUUUGAUACUCUUAGCAUUGUCUCCCAAUCGUCAUAUUGCAAAAGAAGCAAGGAGACAUCAAGUACCGAUAGAAAGUUCCCCGUUAUUAGCCUUUAUAAAUACUUUGGGGACUGGAGAAAGGUUCAAUAUAGACUACUACGACAAUUAUCCACAACCAUGGGUUGCUAUGAUGUACGACGCUAGCCAUGUUUUUGCAACUGCACAAUGA